CAAAAUUUAAGUACCAGAAAAAAAUCUACUUCCAUUGCGACAAAAAGUUGAGAAUUUGAGGCGAACGAACCGACCAAACAGAAAAAGACAAAAAAAUGGCGUGAAAUCCAGAGGUCUUUCAUAGUCACCCCGAACUUGUUUGUGUAAUCACCGAAUACAAUUAAGGAAUAUGAACUCAUGGCGUAAUUGCAAUUUCCGAAACCAGGAUGAAGCUGCUCUAGAAUCUGUGAUGCAAGAAUCUGGUCCACCUCAUCGAGAUGACAAAGAUCGACCCUCAGAGACAUGGUUUGACAUAUUUGGUGCAGAGAAUAGAAAACCUAAAAACGGCACUAUCCUCCUAAUUGACGAAAUGCUGCAGCUGAAGGAGUCGUGUUCUAGCUAUGAUGAAAACAUGGAGGAGUUGCAGUCUUAUUUUGAUAUGGUGAAGAGAUUCACAAGACCUGGUUGUUCCGCGGAAACUUUGGAUGUUGCAUUGAACUCCAUUUCCUCCCUUGUCGACACACUGUCAGCGAUGUCUUCCAAACACCAUAUUCUUCACGCCUCACUUUGACAAAACCAGAUAGAACUCAAAACCUUACAUAUCUGCCACUUCCCUUCUCUGUCACAAUUCUGUGAUCUUAUACUUUGUGUAAUAAAACGUGAAUCAUGGAAAAAAAAUAUUGUAUGAUUGAUUAAUGGUAAUUUAUAUUUUAUCUUA